UGCUCUUAGUUUCACCGAAUUAUCUUCUGAUUUCAUCUAGUGAAUUUCAUUGAAACUACUACCCACAGUGUCGGGCUGCGCGAUUCCGUCGCCUGUACACUCGGGAUAUUUUUUGCGCUACUAGUGUUUUAGUACAGUAAGAAGUCUCCCUGGUGUACGGACUACUCCAUUCGCUGAUCAUUGAUGUUCUUCCAAAUGGGUUUGCGCCCAUCUUUCGGAAAUUACUUGUUUGCUGUUACACACCUAUCAUCGGGGCGGUUUGAACUCAUCGAUGCGCAGCUCUCAUGUGUCGACGUCCACAGCGUUGUCACUUUCGUCGAUCGCGACGUUAAACAUCUUCGUUGAUUGCGACUGUCAAACACCCGUGUCAAUUGCAAAACCAGUCGUAGGUUGCCUGAACUCAGUGAAGUGUUUCGUGCACAUGGUUAUCAAGGACGACUUUAGGUGUGCUCUUGCUUCUCUUACUGUUGCUGAGCUUCGACGAUGUUUACGGCAGUUACCAUCUCGAAAGUCUGAUUGCGUAGACUGCCUUUCUCAUUAUCUUUGUGAUUGGCAGGUUGUUCAUCACCGUUUCGUCGCCAUCAAUCAGUACUUUGAUGCCCUGUGUGGCUUUGAAGUCAUGGCAGCUGUUUGUGCCGUUCAACUAUCUAGUGUUGGCAUUGUCACGCAUGAAUUUGAUACUCGUUGUCCUUGGAUGACUUCCAAUACUUCUGGACGGUUUGUCACAAGACUCAAUAAGCUAGCUAACUCCACGCUGCGUGACGCGCUUAAACAGAUACAUCCCAAAGGUGCACCUGAUAUGAGCAGAUGAUCAAAAAACAUGCG